AUGGCUUUAAUGAGGUCAUAUCUCACGAUGUAUACGUCGCAUCUGGUCAUUCUAUACUGCGACUUAAAGUACCACUACGACCAAAGGGAAAAAGCGGAGCAGGCGGCCAAAAAAAUUUGUGCUGUUUAUGGACCCAAUACAGUAUGGAAUGCAACAGCAAAGCGGUGGUUCCAACGAUUCUGUUCUGGUAAUAUGGACGUCGAAGAUGAGACACGCUCUGUAACAUGGUACCCGCUACCCACCAACUUCCAAUUGUACUCAUGCGACACUUGCGGUAGGCAGUACCGAAGUAAGAUUUCUCUGCAACGCCACAAGAGGUUGGAAUGCGGCAAGGAAGCGCAAUUCAGUUGCGUACUGUGCCACGCGAGGUUCAAGCACAAACACAGCCUACUGAGGCAUUACAACGUCCACAUAGCCGACAUGAAGAUCGCGAAUACGUUCGAGAACGAAGACAGACCCGUCUGA